CUGGAUGGCAGACUCUGAAAAGAAAUGCAGUUUUAAGAGGCUGCUAUUUGCCCUGCAAGAGAAAACAAAGCAUACAGGCUUUCAACUAUUCCUUGCAGACCCAGCGACUCCAAAUUCCUAGAUACUGGAUUCCUAUCAUGCUGCUUUUAACUGACCUGAAGUCAGCUGCAGGUUAUAUCAGUCUAAGGUCAUUUCAACAACAGAUGAACUUUUACAGUUCAAUCGUAUACAUUCCAACUCAGAGACACCAAAGAUGCUGACGAGGAAGAUUAAGCUUUGGGACAUCAAUGCCCAUAUAACCUGCCGCCUUUGCAAUGGUUAUCUUAUUGAUGCUACCACUGUAACGGAAUGCUUGCAUACCUUCUGCAGGAGUUGCUUGGUAAAGUAUUUGGAAGAAAAUAACACCUGUCCCACAUGCAGGAUAGUUAUACACCAGAGCCAUCCACUACAAUAUAUUGGUCAUGACAGAACAAUGCAAGAUAUUGUUUACAAACUUGUUCCAGGUCUUCAGGAAGCGGAAAUGAGAAAGCAGAGGGAUUUCUACCACAAAUUGGGCAUGGAAGUACCAGGUGACAUCAAAGGGGAGACGUGCUCAGCCAAGCAACAUUUAGAUUCCCACCGUAAUGGGGAAACAAAAGCAGAUGAGAAUACAAACAAAGAAACGUCGGAAGAGAAACAGGAAGAAGAUAAUGAUUAUCAUAGAAGUGAUGAGCAGGUAAGCAUCUGCUUAGAAUGCAACAGCAGCAAAUUACGCGGAUUGAAGAGAAAAUGGAUUCGCUGCUCUGCACAAGCUACAGUCUUACAUCUAAAGAAGUUCAUUGCCAAAAAGCUUAAUCUUUCUUCUUUUAAUGAGCUGGAUAUAUUAUGCAAUGAAGAAAUUCUGGGCAAGGACCACACUCUCAAAUUUGUAGUUGUUACGAGAUGGAGAUUUAAGAAAGCACCUCUACUGCUACAUUACAGACCCAAAAUGGACUUGCUGUAAGAACUAUUUUGUCCUUCUGGACGGUUUUUUGCAGAGACUAUCAUCGGGCACCUUCUUAGUGCAUCACGCAAUUCACCCGUGACACAGACCAGCAGAAUUCAUUCCCGAGAACAGUAGUGCUCUCCUGUUCAACCACCCUGAAUCUUUCUCUGAGGGAUGCAUUAACCUGACUUUCUGGACAGAAAUAUUUAUACUUUUUUCUACAAAAAAAAAAAAA